CAAUGGAGCCAGUUGUGACGUCAAUGACGUCCCUUCAGCCAUGGGAACCUAGCCACAACCAUCAACAUCAUUGAAAGGGUUGAAUACGAAGUAGCGGCUGUUUGUAUUCACCGGCGGGUGUUAUACCAGAUAAAUGAAAAUGCCGAGCAACAGACUGGAGAAAUCCGAAAAGCCAGAAUCCAAUGAUAAUGUGAAAGUGGUUGUGCGAUGUCGGCCAAUUAAUGAGAGGGAAAAGGCUAUGGGCCAUAAAGUGGCAGUUAGCGUGGAUGAAAUCAGAGGGACGAUUACAGUACACAAAGUUGAUUCUCCCAAUGAGCUUCCAAAAACCUUCACAUUUGAUACAGUGUUUGGGUCAGACAGCAAACAGCUUGAUGUGUAUAAUCUCACUGCAAGACCAAUUAUUGAGUCAGUCCUGGAAGGAUACAAUGGCACCAUUUUUGCAUAUGGCCAAACUGGAACAGGGAAAACUUUCACUAUGGAAGGCAUACGAACAGUUCCUGAACUCCGAGGGAUUAUUCCUAAUUCAUUCGCCCAUAUAUUUGGACACAUUGCAAAGGCUGAAGGGGAUACCAGGUUUUUGGUACGGGUUUCUUAUUUAGAAAUAUAUAACGAAGAGGUUCGUGACCUCCUUGGGAAAGACCAGGCACAGAGGUUAGAGGUGAAAGAAAGACCUGAUGUGGGAGUAUAUAUCAAAGAUUUAUCGGCUUAUGUUGUGAAUAAUGCAGAUGAUAUGGACAGAAUUAUGACACUUGGACAUAAAAACCGUUCUGUUGGUGCUACAAAUAUGAACGAACAUAGUUCUCGAUCUCAUGCAAUUUUUACCAUCACCAUUGAGUGCAGUGAAAAAGGAGUUGAUGGAAAUAUGCAUGUCCGUAUGGGGAAGCUGCAUUUGGUUGAUCUUGCAGGCUCUGAAAGACAGGGAAAAACUGGAGCCACGGGGCAGCGACUGAAGGAAGCUACAAAAAUUAACCUUUCAUUGUCAACGCUUGGUAAUGUCAUCUCGGCCUUGGUGGAUGGAAAGAGCACACAUGUUCCAUACCGUAAUUCCAAGCUGACCCGUCUUCUUCAGGAUUCACUUGGAGGCAACUCAAAAACCAUGAUGUGUGCAAACAUUGGCCCUGCAGACUACAACUAUGAUGAGACUAUUAGUACUUUAAGAUAUGCUAACAGAGCAAAAAAUAUUAAGAACAAGGCAAGAAUUAAUGAAGAUCCCAAGGAUGCUUUGCUACGACAGUUUCAGAAAGAAAUUGAGGAUCUCAGAAGGAAACUUGAAGAAGGAGAAGAGAUAUCUGGCUCUGAUACAAGUGGCUCUGAGGAUGAUGAAGAAUGUGAAGACAAUGAUGGAGAAAAAAGAAAGAAACGCAGAGGCAAGAGGAAAGUUUCUCCAGAUAAAAUGGCUGAAAUGCAAGCAAAAAUAGAUGAGGAAAGACGAGCACUUGAAGCAAAACUUGACAUGGAAGAAGAAGAGAGAAAUAAAGCUAGGGCAGAACUGGAGAAGAGGGAGAAGGACCUACUGAAGGCUCAGCAAGAGCAUCAUCAGCUGCUGGACAAAUUGACAGCCCUGGAAAAGAAGGUUAUUGUUGGUGGUGUGGACCUGUUAGCCAAAGCAGAGGAACAAGAAAAACUCUUGGAAGAAUCCAACAUGGAGUUGGAAGAGCGCAGAAGGCGAGCAGAGCAGCUGCGUAAGGAGCUUGAUGAGAAAGAGCAAGAGCGACUUGACAUUGAGGAGAAGUAUACAAGUUUGCAAGAGGAAGCUCAAGGUAAAACCAAGAAACUCAAGAAAGUUUGGACAAUGCUUAUGGCUGCUAAGUCAGAGAUGGCAGAUUUGCAGCAGGAACAUCAAAGAGAAAUUGAAGGUCUGCUAGAAAAUAUUAGACAGCUAAGCCGAGAACUCCGUCUACAGAUGCUUAUUAUUGACAACUUCAUUCCUCAAGAGUAUCAGGAAAUGAUUGAAAAUUAUGUUAAUUGGAACGAAGACAUUGGAGAGUGGCAGCUGAAAUGUGUAGCAUACACUGGUAAUAACAUGAGAAAACAGACUCCUGUACCUGACAAAAAAGAAAAAGAUCCAUUUGAAGUGGACCUCUCUCAUGUUUAUUUAGCCUAUACAGAAGAAAGCCUGAGACAAUCCCUAAUGAAGUUAGAACGACCAAGAACUUCUAAAAGUGGAAAGUCCAGACCUAAAAGUGGUAGAAGGAAACGCUCAUCUAGACCUGAAACUGUAAUCGACUCGCUACUUCAGUGAAACUUGAAGUUUGCAAAGCUACUUUUAUUCUGCAGAAUGCGGUGUUUGGAUUGACUUUGCAAGAGUAGUGUGUUUUUGUGAUGACAUAAAGACACUUUAGAUAAAACUGCAAACUAAAAACUAUUGUGCUGCUCUGCAUUACAAGAACAUGCCUUACUUGGAAUGCUGCAUAUUAUCAGUUUUAUCAAAGGUCAAAAGAUGCAGACUGGCAAAACAAGAAAAGGCCACAUCGUUUUUCAGAGGGUUUUUUUUUUUUUUUAUUAUCUGUAACUCACUUUGUCUUGUUAUAAGUUAUACUACCAUUUGUCACAAUAUAUUGUCAGUGUAUAGCUGACAAAUGAUUUAAUGUGCUAAAUGUUAUUAUGCUGAACUUUCCUGCUUGAAAAGCCAGACAUCUCAUGAAAAUGACUGACUUUUCUGUCAGCCGAUGACUGAUUAUUUUGAUGCACUGAAACAUAACUGAAAGUGUUAACAGUCAGAUUAGUGAAAGGGCCUCCUGAACACUAAGUAGUUAAUUUACUUUAUAAAUACAUUAAUCAUAUUUUUUGAUAUUUGUUAUUAGUAUUUAUUUUGUAGCUUAGAGAACAGACUAUUUAGUGUUUCCUAUUUCAUUAACAAGAAACGUGUACAGCAUAGUUCUGAGACCAACCUUCUCUUUCUUCAGAAACAUUCAGUUGGAUUAGAUACAAACAGUAGUGCAGGCCACAGCUAAAGUAGGUUUAUUUAAAUUAAACAUAAUUUUGAAGUCAGUUUUCUCAUUUCUGCACUUCAAAGUGUUGCUAAAUUUGUAUAGUUGCAACUAAAUAUAUAAUAAUUUGUACUGCGUGGAUGGACUACAUACUCUGAGUUCACUGUUUAGAACUCGUGCGCAUAUAUUUUAUAUAGUUGGGAUCAAGAAUUGCCUAACUUUCAGACUGAGUUAGAUCAGUUAUGUAUAUUCUGAUAUGGGCUCAGAUAGCUUCCCAGUAGAACAUUGGAGGUGCAGCACACAACUUAACAAGCGAGUCUGUCUUGUUAGUGGAAACCUCAUUAUCUAGGAGAUGCUGCCAUUUCUUUUUUACCUGUGCAAUGACUGUAUUUAGGAACAUGUACUCUUGUGUUUUGAGUGAAAUAGUUUCAGCCAUGCAACUUCAUAUCGUAUUCCAUACUUUGUGAAAGAAUGAAAACUGUGAAUACUCCUGUUGCCUGCAUUCAUAAAAUGGCAUUGUCACAAUCUCUCCCCAUUAAAACAUUUAAUUGCA